GCACCCUGGAGCUCUCCGUCGGCAUCUCCCUCGACCGCCUCCCCACCACCAGCAGCUCGAAGUCCUCCACCUCCUCCUCCUCCUCCGCCGGUGACGGACCUCCGGUAUCGAACUCCCUCAUGGCCGCCAUCAAAAGGUCUCAGGCGAACCAGCGCCGAAACCCCGAAAACUUCCACUUCAUGAUCCUCCAACAACAACAAAACCAAAACAACAACCAAAUCAUUCCUCAAACCACGUCCACUUUGAAGGUGGAAAUGAAACAAUUCAUGCUUUCGAUCCUGGACGACCCAAUCGUUAGCAGAGUCUUUGGUGAAGCUGGUUUUUCAAGCUACGAUAUCAAGCUCGCGUUAUUGCAGCCUCCAAUCGUCCAACAGCCAAACAGCAACAGUUUCUUGUACUCCCGGUUGAACCGACCGGUUUUUCUGUACAACAUCGAUCCCGGUAGACCUAUUGGGCCGGGGUUGGGCCUUCCCUUGAUGGGCUCAGACCAGAACUGCAGGAGGAUCUUGGAUGUUCUUGUGAAGAAGGAGAGAAGGAACCCGCUUUUGAUGGGUGGGAACGCAAAGGGUGCUCUAAAGGGGUUCAUGGAUUUUGUUGAGAAGGGUAAAAUGGGGAUUUUGCCUAACGAGCUUAGUGGGUUGAGUGCGGUGUGUGUUGAUAAAGAGAUAUGUGAGUACGUCAUGGGGAAUAAGAGUGAGGAAACGAUGUUGUUUAGGUUGAAGGAAGUGGGGAGUAUGGUGGCCAGGUGUUUAGGUGCUGGUGUGGUUGUUAGCUUUGGAGAAGUUGAGGUUCUUGUGAAGGACGAAGUGGUAAAUUCCGUUGGGUUUGUUGUGGAACAGUUGAGCAGUUUGUUGGGGAAUCAUGGAGGGAAGGUUUGGUUGGUUGGUGUGGCGGGAAAUUGUGAAGCGUAUUCCAAGUUUCUGGGUUUGUUCCCAAAUGUUGAUAGGGAUUGGGAUCUUCAUGUACUCACACUUACUUCUUCCUCUUCUUCUUCUGCCACCUCUUCUUCCAGCUUCAUGGGGUCCUUUGUUCCACUUGGUGGUUUCUUCUCAACACCUUCCGAAUUCAGAAGCAGUAGUAGCACCCUAAUAAACCGUAACAACAAUAAUUCCCCAUCUUCAUCUUCAUCAUCGUCAUCAUCAUCACCAUCGUCAUCUUUAUUACUAAGCCGUUGUGACACAUGCAAUGAAAAGUAUGAACAAGAAAUGGUUGAGUUACUCAACAAGGUAGGUCAUGGUGAUAGUGGUGGUUACCCAACAAGCUUGCCCUGGUUACAAAGGGAUCAAAAUAAAGAAGCAAUGGAUUUGGCAAAGAUCAAUGAAGACAACACAAACUUGAAUGGCAAGAUCUUUGGAUUGCAAAGGAAAUGGAAUGAAAUUUGUCAACAUGUUCAUCACAAACAUGAAACCUCUCCAACAAAAAGGUUCCCAUUUGGUUCAUCAGGUUUUAACCAAAGUACUAUAAAAGUUCCAUUAUCCCUCAAUGAGAUCCAAUAUUCCAAUCAAAUUCCACAAAUUUUAAAUAAACAGAAGUUACCAUUUUCUUCAUCAUCCCCGAUUGGUUCUGUUGGUGUCAACAAUGAAAUAAUUGAACAAGUUCCUCAGGUUUCUUGGCUUUCACCUUCUACCAAGGCUACAGUGAAUAAUGUUACCACAGAUUUGGGGUUAGGAACUAUGUAUAAUACAUCAAAUGCUCAAGAACCAAAUACUCCAAAGGUACAUGAUCAUAAGGGGAAUCUUCGGCACUUGUCAGAUUCUGUUUCAGCCGAUCUUGAAGCCAUGAAUGAGGGUAGUACACAUCAAAUUGCUAUAUCUAAACGCUGCUCUGCUCCAACUUUCGAAGGGAAAUUCAAUUCGAUCGAUUUCAAGUCACUCCACAAGGUUCUCAUUGAAAAGGUUGGAUGGCAAGAAGAGGCCAUAUAUGCUAUCAAUCGAGCUAUUUCGCUUUGUAGCCCCGGUAAGCGUCACAGCUCAUAUAUUAGAGCAGAUACAUGGCUUGCGUUUUUCGGGCCAGAUCGAGUUGGAAAAAGGAAAAUUGCUUUGGCAAUUGCAGAGUGCUUGUUUGGUAACAGAGACAGCCUAAUCUCUGUGGAUUUGAGCUCGUUGGAAGGCUUGUAUCCGUCCAACUCAGUUUUCGAAUUCCAGAGUCCUUAUUGCCAUGAUUCGCUUAAGAGGAAGACAGUUGUGGAUUACAUUGCUGGGGAGUUGGGUAAAAAGCCGAAUUUGGUUAUCUUUCUUGAGAAUGUAGACAAAGCAGAUUUGCUGGUGCAGAGUAGUUUGCUCAAAGCAAUGAGAACAGGUAGGUUUCCAUACUCACUUGGAAGGGAAAUAAGCAUCAACAAUUCAGUGUUUAUUGUAUCCUCCGCCGUCUAUAACCACGGCUCUGUCGCGUACGAGGAAGGGGCAAAAAUGUUUCCAGAGGAAAGAAUUCUCCAGGCCGAAAGAUGUCAAAUGAAAUUGUUAGUUGGAAAUGCUUUCGAGAAUGUCGAAAAAAUCGGCACGAAAAGUGUCAAGGUUGAACUGAGAAAAAAAGAGACAUCAAAACCUUCAACAUUUCUGAAUAAAAGAAAAUUAGUUCAAAGCAAAGUAACAUCCAAGUCACAGAAAUUAUUCAAGGAAGCAUCAUGGUCUUGUUUUGAUCUGAAUAUGCCUUUAGAGGAAUCUGAAGAAUGCACCAGUUCCAAUGACUGUGAAGGCGAAUCUGAAGUUGAAAACCAUGAAUCAUGGUUACAUGAAUUCUGUGAUCAGAUCGAUGUAAAAGUGGUCUUUAAGCCCUUUGAUUUUGAGUCGCUUGUGGAGCAAGUAAUCAAAAUCAUUGACAUGAAUUUCCAAAGGGUAUUUGGAUGUGAGCUUGUUCUUGAAAUUGAUUAUGAUGCCAUGUCACAGAUUCUUGCAGCUACUUGGUUAUCAGAAAAGAAAAAUGCAAUGGAAAAUUGGAUUGAGCGUGUUCUUGGAAGAGGAUUUGUUGAAGCAAAAAAGAAGUACCAAAUUGAAGAUAAGCUUGUGAUCAAAUUGGUUAAGUGUGAAAGCAAUUUUGUUGAAGAACAAGAUCUUGGAUUGUUUCUUCCCGCUAGAAUAUUAUUAAGUUAAAACAGAAAAUUUUUUGUCCCUUAUAUGUAUUUUGUUUGUAAUUAAUUGUAAAAUGUAGCUUUUUCCCCUAGGAUAUAUAGCAUUUGCUAGUCAGUAACAUUCUUCGGCUAAUUACUCCCUGCAAUAUCCCACCCCUUUUUUUUCAUUUUC